UGUGUAUCGAAGGUUUGGACACCCACUAAUGUGCUUGUUAAAACGGCGUUAUUUUGUGUGGAAAAGAAAAGAAGUUGAUAUCAAUAUCUGACAUGGGGAUCACGUUUUAUUGGCGGACUUCUGUGGGAGAAUAGGUUUGUUUUUAAAGAAGACCGCAAGUGGUUUAUUUAUUGUUUAUGUAAUGUGAUGGGCGGCGACGGGAGUAAAAAUAAGGCAUCAUCAUCAUUACUGGUGAAGAGGAGAUCCUUGUCAUGUCAUCAGGGCUUCCUGUCUCUCUCGGCUCCGCUUGUUCAUCACAGUCCAUUUAGACGCAGGGCCCAGUGCAGAGAAUACCCCAUCUCUGAGCAAUCUCGGCCCUCAAACGCAAACCCUGAGGGGCCUCGUCUAGAGUGGACACUGCCGGGCUUUAUUUCCAUUUUCCUGCCGGAAUUCCCACACCGGUUUACUGGACACAUGCAUUUACAGAUUCUUGGUUUUAUAGCGAAAGGUUCAUUUGGUCCAAUCCUGAAGGUUAAGGACCUGUCUAAAGAUGAGAUCUAUGCUAUUAAGGUUUUACCCAAAGCUGAUGUUUUGAGACAUGGUGUCCUCCAGCAGUCCAAAGAGGAGGUGAUAAUUCAACGACAAGUCAGGCAUCCUUUCCUCCUCAGUCUCCGGGACUGUUGGCAGAGCCAGAGAAAUCUCUUCAUCAUGUGUGAUUACUGCAGCACUGGAGACCUCUAUACUUACUGGACACUGAAGGGCCAGUUUGAUGAGAGAGAUGUUCGUGUGUUUGCUGCUGAAUUGGGCUCUGCCUUGGGAUUUUUGCAUGACUUCGGAAUAAUUCAUAGGGAUGUGAAGAUGGAGAACAUCCUUCUGACCGAUAAAGGUCACCUCCGCUUGACUGAUUUUGGGCUGUCUCGCCGCCUUGAGCGUGGGGAUAGAGCAUUUACUAUCUGUGGCACAAUACAGUACAUGGCUCCUGAAGUCCUGAGCGGGGGCCCGUACAGCCAUGCUGCAGACUGGUGGUCUCUUGGUAUUCUUAUCUACGCUUUAGCCACUGGAGGGUUUCCUUUGCCUGCAGAAGUAGACCACUGUAGUAUGAUGACCAGGGUUAGUGAGUAUCCAUAUGACAUGCCUGCCAGUCUCAGUCCAGCUCUGGCCUUCUUGCUCAUAGAGGUGGAAGAUCUGGACUGCAGGCAGGCCAGUUCAGCACCCAGACUCUUCUACAAUGAAGCCAUGCUAUUGUAAUAGCUGCAGUAUGUGGUUUUGCAUUGUCCUGCUGAAAUACACAAGACCUUCCCUGAAAUAGACGUCGUCUAGAGGGGAGCAUAUGUUGCUCUAAAACCUUUAUAUACCUUUCAGCAUUCAUAGUGCCUUCCAAAACAUGCAAGCUGCCCAUACUGUAUGCACUUAUGCACCCCCAUACCAUCAGAGAUGCUGGCUUUUGAACUGAACACUGAUAACACGCUGGAAGGUCUCCCUGCUCUUUAGCCUGGAGGACACGGCGUCCGUAAUUUCCAACAAGAAUGUCAAAUUUGGACUCGUCUGACCAUAGAACACUUUUCCACUUUGAAACAGUUCAUUUUAAAUGACUCUUGGCCCACAGGACAUGACGGCGCUUCUGGACCAUGUUCACAUAUGGCUUCCUUUUUGCAUGAUAGAGCUUUAGUUGGCAUCUGCAGAUGGCACGGCGGAUUGUGUUUACCGACAGUGAUUUCUGGAAGUAUUCCUGGGCCCAUUUAGUAAUGUCAUUGACACAAUCAUGCCGAUGAGUGAUGCAGUGUCGUCUCAGGGCCUUGUCCCUUACGCACAGAGAUUUCUCCAGUUUUCUGAAUCUUUUGAUGAUGUUAUGCACUGUAGAUGAUUAGAUUUGCAAAGCCUUUGCAAUUUGCCGUUAAGGAACAUUGUUUUUAAAGUAUUCCACAAACUUUUUACUCACUCUUUCACAGACUGGAGAGCCUCUGCCCAUCUUUACUUCUGAGAGAAUCUGCCUCUCUAAGACAUCCCUUUUAUAGCUAAUCAUGUUACAGACUUGAUAUCAAUUAAUUUAAUUAGUUGCUAGAUAUUCUCCCUGCUGAAUCUUUUCAAAAUGUCUUGCUUUUACAGCCAUUAGUUGCCCCCGUGCCAACUUUUUUGAGACCAGUAGCAGGCAUCAAAUUUGAAAUUAAUUUAGUGUAAAAAGUGUAAAAUUUCUCUGUUUAGACAUUUGUUAUGUUAUCUAUGUUCUAUCGUGAA